AUGCAGCUGGCGCGCCCGAUCUUCGCUGCAGCGACUCGCGUCGGUGGACGACGCUUCGCCACGCCCGCGGCGGUCCAGCACACGGCGCGACGAGCGUACGCCGCCGUCCAGGACGCUGCCGCCAACCCGGUCAAGCGCCACGGCGGCCUGCGCGACCAGGACCGCAUCUUUACGAAUGCGUACAGGCAGGGAGACCACGGACUCAAGGGCGCAAUGGCGCGCGGAGACUGGCACCGCACGAAGGACAUUGUCCUCAAGGGAGACUCGUGGAUCAUCCAGCAGAUCAAGGACUCGGGUCUCCGUGGCCGUGGCGGCGCUGGCUUCCCCUCGGGCCUCAAGUGGUCCUUCAUGAACAAGCCCGGGUGGGAGAAGGACGGUCGCCCGCGUUACUUGGUCGUCAACGCCGACGAGGGAGAGCCCGGCACUUGCAAGGACCGCGAGAUUCUUCGCGGCGACCCCCACAAGCUCAUCGAGGGAUGCCUUGUCGCCGGCCGUGCCAUGAACGCCAACGCCGCCUACAUCUACAUCCGCGGCGAGUUCUACAUGGAGUCGGACCACGUCGAGCAGGCGAUCCAGGAGGCGUACAAGGCCGGCCUGAUCGGCAAGAACGCGUGCGGCUCGGGCUACGACUUUGACGUCUACCUUCACCGCGGUGCCGGCGCCUACAUCUGCGGCGAGGAGACUGCGCUCAUCGAGUCGAUCGAGGGCAAGCAGGGCAAGCCGCGUCUCAAGCCGCCCUUCCCCGCCGACACCGGUCUCUUCGGUUGCCCGACCACGGUCGCCAAUGUCGAGACGGUCGCUGUCGCCCCUACGAUCAUCCGCCGCGGCGCGUCGUGGUUCAACAGUUUCGGCCGCGAGCGCAACUCGGGCACCAAGCUCUUCUGCAUCUCGGGUCACGUCAACACCCCUUGCGUCGUCGAGGAGGAGAUGUCGAUCCCGUUGCAGGAGCUCAUCGAGAAGCACUGCGGCGGCGUCCGUGGCGGAUGGGACAACCUCCUCGGCAUCGUUCCCGGCGGUUCAUCCGUCCCGAUCCUCCCGAAGAACCACUGCGAGGAGGCCCUGAUGGACUUUGACUCGCUCCGCGACCUCCAGUCCGGACUCGGCACGGGCGCCGUCAUCGUCAUGAACAAAGAGACGGACGUGAUCCGCGCCAUCGCCCGCUUCGCAAAGUUCUACAAGCACGAGUCGUGCGGACAGUGCACGCCUUGCCGCGAGGGAACGACUUGGCUCGAGAAGAUGAUGGACCGGAUGGUGGUUGGGCGCGCGCACGAGCGCGAGAUCGAGAUGUUGUGGGAGUUGACGAAGCAGAUCGAGGGCCACACGAUUUGCGCGCUCGGUGACGCCGCGGCGUGGCCCGUCCAGGGUCUCCUGAGGCACUUCCGCCCCGAGGUCGAGAAGCGCAUUCACGACUUCAAGCAGCGAGAGGGCCAGGUUCUCUUCGGUGGGCACUUGCUGAAGGAUCAGAACCCGGACAUUGCCCUUCCCGACAACAUUGGCAUCUCGCUUCCGGGCGUCGCACCCGGCGCAGGCAACUCGCCCAACGUCUCGCCUUGA